CUCAGGGCCCCCCCCCAAACUAUGGACGAGCGGCUGCUGGGGCCGCCCCCUCCAGGCGGGGGCCGGGGGGGCCUGGGAUUGGUGGGUGGGGAGCCUGGGGGCCCUGGCGAGCCUCCCGGCGGCGGAGACCCCGGUGGGGGUAGCGGGGGGGUCCCGGGAGGCCGAGGGAAGCAAGACAUCGGGGACAUUCUGCAGCAGAUAAUGACCAUCACCGACCAGAGCCUGGACGAGGCCCAGGCCAAGAAACACGCCCUCAACUGCCACCGCAUGAAGCCUGCUCUCUUUAGUGUCCUGUGUGAAAUCAAGGAGAAAACCGGCCUCAGCAUUCGAAGCUCCCAAGAGGAGGAGCCGGUGGACCCACAGCUGAUGCGCCUGGACAACAUGCUUCUGGCGGAGGGUGUGGCUGGGCCUGAGAAGGGGGGGGGCUCAGCGGCAGCAGCUGCAGCCGCGGCAGCCUCCGGGGGCGGCGUGUCCCCUGACAACUCCAUCGAACACUCCGACUAUCGCAGCAAACUUGCCCAGAUCCGCCACAUCUACCACUCGGAGCUGGAGAAGUAUGAGCAGGCAUGUAACGAGUUCACGACCCAUGUCAUGAACCUGCUGAGGGAGCAGAGCCGCACUCGGCCUGUGGCACCCAAGGAGAUGGAGCGCAUGGUGAGCAUCAUCCAUCGAAAGUUCAGCGCCAUCCAGAUGCAGCUCAAGCAGAGCACCUGUGAGGCUGUCAUGAUCCUGCGUUCCCGUUUCUUGGAUGCGAGACGAAAACGCCGCAACUUCAGCAAACAGGCUACUGAGGUCCUCAACGAGUAUUUCUACUCCCACCUGAGUAAUCCAUAUCCUAGCGAGGAGGCUAAGGAGGAGCUUGCCAAGAAGUGUGGAAUCACUGUCUCUCAGGUCUCCAACUGGUUUGGCAACAAGCGGAUUCGCUAUAAGAAAAAUAUUGGAAAGUUCCAAGAGGAGGCAAACAUCUAUGCCGUCAAGACCGCCGUGUCAGUCACCCAGGGGGGCCACAGCCGCACCAGCUCCCCGACACCCCCUUCCUCUGCAGGCUCUGGCGGCUCUUUCAAUCUCUCAGGAUCCGGAGACAUGUUUCUGGGGAUGCCCGGGCUCAACGGAGAUUCCUACUCUGCUUCCCAGGUGGAAUCACUCCGACACUCAAUGGGGCCAGGGGGCUACGGGGAUAACCUUGGGGGAGGCCAGAUGUACAGCCCUCGGGAAAUGAGGGCAAAUGGUGGCUGGCAGGAGGCCGUCACCCCGUCCUCAGUGACCUCUCCCACAGAGGGACCAGGGAGCGUUCACUCUGACACUUCCAACUGAUCUUGCCCCUCAGGGCCACAGGGGUGGGGGCCCACAAGGCAACUCUUGAAGAGGACGCAGGCAUCCAGAGGACAAAUCCCAGACACAGGAGAAGCACAAGACAAGAGAAGGGCCAAUGGGGUCAUCCCUUCCCCAACCAGACUCUCCAGUGCUGGGGGUGCUGACUCCGUGGCAGGGAGAAUGGGGGCCCCUGAGGGGAGAGUGGGGUCUCUCUCCCCUUUUCCUUUUUUCAGUCUUUUUUUCCUCUCCCUCUCACACACAAACCACACACCGAGAACAUGUUGUUCAGAUCGCUUUCCCUUUGUUCUACCUGCCAUACUGUAUUCCGUUUCUGUCUCUUUCUCUGGGCUCCCCUACUGCCCCUCCCCACCCCACUUAUCUACUCUGGAAUCUGUGGAGAAGCCAGCCCUGCCUGACCAGAGAUGCCAAAACUGGGGACACAGCUUCUGGACAGAGGACAUGGGCCAUGAACCCUGUGCCUCCCCACCCCCUGCCCCUCCAGAUGGCUUUAUUACCUCAUACGCAGCUCAUCUUAAACCAAUAGAAUCGCUCGGUGGACGAGAGUGUCUGACUCAGAUAUCUACCUCGGAGGGAGUUUCUGCUACUUUAGGGAAUUGUUGACUGGGCUUUGGGGUUGAUUGUUUUUUGUUGUUUUUUUUUUUUUAAGGAAAGAAACGAAACCCUGGGAUCCAUUUGUACUUUAUAAAUUUUUUGUUGCUGUUAUCGGUUCUUAAUUUUUAGUUUGGGGAAGUAGAUGUUUUUAUAAAUAUAUUGUUGUUUUUUUUU